AUCCCUGCAGACGAAAGGGAGGACAUGAAACGCCUGUACAACAACUACCGCACUGCGAUGAAGUCUUUGAAGAGCUACCUGCGCCAGGACUGGGAGCUGCGCCAGAGCAACCGUGCCCAGCCGGGUCACGUGCUCUCCCCGGAGCAGGAGGAGGCCGAGCACCGACAGCUGAUGGCGUUCAACGACGCCGAGAACGCGCGCAUGGCCGCCGAGGCGGAACAGAGGCUGGCCGAGCAGACCGAGGCCGUGCGCCGCAAGGUGGCGGCGCUGCAGCAGGCGGCCCUGGAGCAGCAGAAGAAGGACAGCCAGCGCGCCGUGGAGCUCAUCCGCACCCAGGAGGAAAUUUCGCGCAUGUACAUUCCUCGCGACAAGCUGGAGGAAGAGAUAGAGAAGGCGCUGGCCGACGAGGUCGACUACAACUACGCCAUCGACAAGGACGGCACCCGAUACGAGGGGCGCCUCGCCAGGCCGUCCUAGCUGAGCCGAAGUCUGCCGGCGGACCCGGCGCGCCCGCCCGAGUGUGACGCGGGUCAACAGUCCGGACUGGGACCGGGCGACGGCGCCCCAAGCCGCCUCUGUUGGGCGUGGGGCGCCGCCACAUUGUGCUACUUUUAGGAGCGUGUUUUAGAUGAAUUGUGUCUACGUGAUCCUUAUGUGCGUGUAACGUGCGGCCUGUGGAAUACAGAGGGCACGAUUUUG